AAUUCAGAGACAUUGCUAUAGGCAUCCCAUAUCGAUCUCGUUCGCGAAUCACAUUUGUAGCAAGUUAGCAACCGAUCGAUCGAGCCACUAGCAAAGGAAAUCAAGAACAGAUGGAGGGUGAGAACAAGGCGAAGACGGUCAAGAGGCUGGCCACGCUGGUGGGCUGCAACUACGCCGGCACCCACAGCGAGCUCCGCGGCUGCAUCAACGACGUCCGCGCCGCCCGCGACACGCUCGUCUCCCGCUUCGGCUUCGCUCCGGGCGACAUCGCCGUCCUCACCGACGAGGACCGCUCCGAGUCCGGCCACCACCGUACUCUUCUCCUGCCGACGGGCGCCAACAUCAAGCGUGCGCUGGCGGACAUGGUCGCCCGGGCCUCCCCCGGCGACGUGCUCUUUUUCCACUACAGCGGCCACGGCACCCUCGUCCCUCCCCGCCCCGGCCACGGCCAUGGCCAUGAAGAGUCCGAGAAAGACGAGGAGGCGAUCGUGCCGUGCGAUUUCAAUCUGAUCACGGGGGCGGAUCUCCGGCGGGUGGUGGACAUGCUGCCCCAGGGCUCCAGGCUGACCGUGGUGUCCGAUUCGUGUCACAGCGGCGGGCUCAUCGACAUGGAGAAGGAGCAGAUCGGGCCAGACGUCUUCGUCCCCGACGCCGGCGAGUCACUGCAGCGGGCGCGCACUGGACGCGCCACGCGGCGGUUUCUUCCGUACAGCGUUUUGCUCGAACACCUCGCGGGCGUGUCCGGCAUGGCCGCCUCGGAGCACCACGCCGCUGACCACCUUCUCGCGCUCUUCGGCGUCGACGCCAGCGCCAAGUUCCAUUCCCACGGCGCCGCACAGGCGCAGGCGGCGAGGCGGGACGACGGGGGGAUACUGCUGAGCGGGUGCCAGUCGGACGAGACCUCGGCGGACGUGCCGGCCUGGGACGAAGGAGGAGAGGCAGAGGCGUGCGGGGCGUUCAGCAGCGCCGUGCAGCGCGUGCUGGCGGCGCACGGUGCGCCCGUGAGCAACCGGGAGCUCGUGGCGAGGACGAGGGCGGUAUUGGCGGAGCAGGGAUUCGAGGGGCAGCACCCGUGUCUCUAUUGCAGCGAUGCCAACGCCGACGCGCCGUUCCUUUCGCAGGAGGCGGCGGCGGAGGAGGUGAAAACGGCCGCGGCGGCGCUGUGAUUCGCGCGCCGCCCGGGUCCGAGGCGCGCUCGUGCGACCAUGCGUUCCUUUUACAGUUCCCGCGCGAACGGCUGAUUCAAAUAGGGGGGCAAAACUCAUGUGUUGCUGCGAAACAAUAAAGCCAGUUGUUCAGUUUACUUUAGCACCGUUAUCUCUCCGUCCACAAAUAAGUGUACAUCUAAUUUAGUCUUUAAGUCAAGAAAAAUUUAACUUUGACCAACUUUGUUGAAAAAAUAGCAACACAUAUAAAAUCAAAUCGGUAUAUUAUGAAACUACAUUUCAAAACGGAUCUAAUGAUGCUGAUUUGGGGUCAUAAAUGUUGCUACGUUUUCCAAAAAAAUUGGUCAAACUUUGAUAUUUUUGACUUAGGACAAAUCUAGAAGUACACUUAUUUGUGGACGGAGAGAGUACAGUAGUAGUGAAGCAGUUACCCGGAUGUUCCGGAUAGAAUUAUACUCCUACGUCGUUUGUUAUGGUUACCAACAUGACACUGAUUUUCCAUGUUAAAGUUAUCACCAUGAGAAUUAAGUUUUUAAGUUA